AUGAAUCCACCAGAUGAUUCAUUAUUAUGUCCAAUAACGUUGGAAUUAUUUCGUGAUCCAGUUCUAGCACAAGAUGGUCAUACUUAUGAGAGGCAAGCUAUUCUAGAAUGGAUUGAAAAGAAGGGUACGAGUCCAAUCACUGGUCAACCAUUAUCACUUGAACAUUUAUAUCCCAAUUAUGCAAUUAAAAAAGCAGUUGACCAUUUUGAAGUAUCAUCAAAGAAUAAAAAUUAUCAAUAUACUCUUGGUAUUGAUCUGAAAAAGAAAUCCGGUAGACCAUUAUUUCAAACAUUUGGGAAAUCUAUUUAUCAUGCACAAUGGCUUCCAACGAAUGAUAAUCGUCCGGAAAUAGUACUAUUAAAAAUCGAUGGUGCUCGUGCAAAAAAAGAAGCAUCUUUCUACGUGGAUCUCAGUCGUCAUCCACACAUCGUUCGAACAUAUGGUCUUGUAGAAGAACGUAAUGAUGAUGGUGACAAUAAUAAUACUAAUGCUAUUAUGCUAUUACAAGAGUAUGCACAUAUGGGAAGUCUCUAUGAUCUACUGGAAGAACGAAACAAGACGCCCAAUGAAAAAAUUUUGAUUGAAAUGUUUCUGCAAAUCAUUGAUGGAAUGAGCUUUUUGGCAUUUAAUAACGUUGUUCAUGGUGAUCUUGCAUGUCGCAAUGUACUCGUAUUUCGUUUCGACGAAGCUAAUCCUAGAAAUAUUAUUGUUAAAGUAACUGAUUUUGGUCUUAGUCGACACAGUAAACUAUAUUCGUUAACACCAGGUGCUGCAAAGACCACUUUAAAUAUUAUUCCAGUGAGAUAUGCUGCACCAGAACUACUUGGAGCUAACGUAACAUCUGAUGAUUUUACAGAGAAAUCGGAUGUUUAUUCGAUGGGUGUUCUAAUGUGGGAAGCUUAUUCUCGAGGUACAAUACCUUGGCCGAAAAUUGAAAAUGAUAAUGAGGUUAUUCGACGCGUUAGCAAUGGCGAAUUGCUUCCAAAACCAUCAAAUUGUACUGAUAUAUAUUGGUCAAUUAUCAGUAAAACUUGGUCAAAGUCACCCAAAGAUCGUCCAACUUUUACUGAACUGAAACGCCUUCUAAUGGAACAGUACUAUAAUUCAUCACCUGUGUCAACUACAACAGGUAUGUUUUCUCUCCUUGUUUAA